AUGUCUAAGAAGGCACUUUGGGAAAGCGCAUUUUCUGCUUUAGGAUCUUAUCUUACAAAGGACAGUUACAAUUUCAGGUUUAUUCACGAUGCUCUUGAAGAAACUGUGGGUUUUAAUUUUUGCACUUUUAAUCCCAAAGAAAUGUUUGAAGACUGUAAUAUCUUGUUUAUUCGAGAUAGAGUCAAAGUUAGUUCCAAUGUAAACACAGAUGGCAAUUUUGAACAAAAUAUUGUGAUUCUUCGGGAAGAUGAUUUGAAUGAGGAUCAUGUUAAACCUUUAUACACUAGACUGCGGACUGAAUUAAAACGGGGAAGAUUUUCGAAUUUGUUGAUGAGUGGUCUUUGUAAAAAUAGAAACUUUGUAGAAAUAUUUGGAACCCAUGUUAAAACAAAUCAGGGAAAAUUGAAAUUCACUGGACCCUUUAUGAGGGAUAGUUCUGAGCGGAAUCAAAGCAACGAUCAAUCUUUUUUAAAAAGAAUUUUCGAUAAUGCAUCAAAAAAUGAAUUCCAAGAUAACAAAGAUGCAAUAAGUCGAGUAAUAGAGGCUUCAACUAACAGAAGUAAUCUGAUGAACUGGAUUGUCGCCUUUGGCUGUUAUGAAUUCUUUACAUUUGUCUGGAGCGAGAUGACACAUUUAGAUCGUAAAGGAUUUCUAGGAUUAGAUGAUGCAUACAACACCGAUUGGUCGCCAGGCAUCAAACAAUCGCCCAACCCCUUUUCAAAGUCGUUUUUGCCAUUAGCUAUUCUGGGUGGUAGUUUAGAUAUUGUGAAAACAUUAAUUUCUGAUGCCGCAGAUGUUAACUGCUUUUCAGAACUUUUCGAAACAUCUUUAUACAUAGCAGUUAAAUUAGGGCGCUAUGAUAUGGUACACUUACUUUUGAACCACGGGGCACAGGUAAAUCUACGAUUAUGGUUUGACAUGAAGAUCCAAGUUUUAGUCACUGCAAAUAAUUACCAAUUAACCAGUUUGAUUCUUCAGUAUGAUUUAAAUCAGACCAAACUUCAUAAAGCAGUCCGACAUAACGAUCUACAUAUUUUGAGAUCAAAUAUUUCAUCCGAUAUUAUUGAUCAUAAAACAAAGAGCGGAUGGACUGUCCUACAUUACGCUGUAUUAUUAAAUAAUUUAGAAGCUUCGAAGGUUUUAUUCGAUGAUGGAUUGUCACAACGCGAUAAUAGAUUGUUACAACGCGAUGAUAGAUUGUUACAAAGUGAUGAUUCUUUACUUAGCAGAAGGCCGACACCUAAAGUAAACAUAGUUGACAAUAACGGACAUACUGCUCUCUACAUAGCAGUUAUAAACAACUCAAUCGAGAUACUUUCUCUUUUGCUUCGUAAUAAAGCUGCCGUCAAUAUUCGGGAUUAUUUCAAUAGACUCCCUUUACAUUAUACAACUAGUCAAAGUGUGACACAGUUAUUGCUUACUCACAGCUCUCAAAACAAGUGUUUGCCGACUAAUGAAAACGCAAAUGAGAUUAGAGAGUAUGGAAAAGGACCCAUAUCAGUUUUUAAGACCGCAUCUUUGAAUAUAACUAUACAAACUGCCUUUAGAGAUGUUUGUCGCGAUUGUGUAAACAUGCCAGACAAUGAGGGAAAUACACCCUUACACUCCGUGUUAAAAAGGUGCCUUAUAAAAAAGGAAAACAGUGAUUGUAUAGAAACAUUGUUAGAGAAUGGGGCCAAUCCUUGUUUAUUCAAUAACAUGGGCAUUUCAGCUUUAGAGUUAAGUAACUGUUGUGAUACGGAAGAAAGAUACAUAAACAAUAUUGCAAAUUAUAAACAAUCACUUUAUAAGACUCAUAUUGUAUUUGCUUCUGCUACGUUCCUCUUUAUUGCAUUCGCUGUUGGCUUGCUAAUGAGUUUUCCAUAUCCUUAUAUGAUUAAUAAGGAACACCACAAUGUUAUUGCAAUGGACAAGUCGCAGAAUCAGAUAAUAGUAUAUUGGUACAAGUGA